CUUUGGGGCCGUUCCAGCUGGGACCUUAGCUGUCAACAUAGCGGCUAAGGUCUCACCCGCUAGCGGCAGCUUACACAUGGACACUGUUGAAGCUUCUCAACGCGGGGCUCAUGUUCGAACAGGGCUUGCCUUACGUGACAUCUACAAAAUUAGCAGCGAUUGUAGGCACCUUGUUUCUAUAAGUAAAUUAUAUUCAUCGUAUUCUCGGCUUUUUCACAGAGCAUCAUAUCUCAUCAUAACCACAGUCACACUUUAUUUCCUUUAGUCAGUUACGAUGGCAUCGACAGACGACAAAACCCUCCACCUAGUAGGCAUCGGCGUCGGCCACUCAAUCGCGCCCCCAAUGCACAACGCCAUCGCGAAAUCCCUCUCUCUCCCCUGGACCUUCCAUGCCACUGAAUGCAACACCAUCGAAGACCUUCUCCUCCUGGCACGCAAAGACUCAACGGCAGGCCUCGUCGUCACGAUGCCCUAUAAAAAUACAGUCAUGCCCCGCCUCGACGCCCUAGACCCCCUCGCCAUCACCAUCGGCGCCUGCAACAACGUCUACCGCGACCCGUCGGACCCGGCGAAGCUGAGGGGGACGAACACGGAUUGGUUGGGCGUGAAGGGGUGUCUUCUCGAAAAGGGAGAUGGACGGGGUCCGGUAGAGGGAAAACCCGCGUUGAUUGUGGGUGCUGGCGGGGCGAGUCGUGCUGCGGUGUAUGCACUGCAUACAUACUUCAAGGCCUCAGUGAUCUACGUCUUGAAUAGAGAUGACGGAGAAGUAUCCGAUCUUCAGCGCGAUGCUCAACGUCUGUCUCCCGCUCCCAAAAUUGUUCAUGUCAAAGAUGGGGAGUCGAAGACGCUGGAGACGCCGUACUACGUGGUCGGAACAGUCCCCGAUUUCGAACCUACAUCGGCGUCUGAGUUGGCGGUAAGAGCAUCUCUAGAGGACUUCCUUUCACGGCCGGAGAAGGGAGUCUUGUUGGAUAUGUGUUUCAAGCCGCGGCGGACGCGGAUGAUUAAGCUAGCGGAGAGCCUUGAGUGGCCUUCGGUAGAGGGAACACAUGUUAUUGGGUACCAGAUCGAAGAGCAGUGGAAGCUUUGGGCUGGAGAGGAGAGAGUGAAGAGCUUGGACAAGGAUGCAGCGUGGAAGGUUCUAUUGGAGGCGGCUGACAAUAGUCCAGGGAUCAACUUUUGAGCAAGUUGACGUCCAUGUCUUGAACAAUUGAGAUUCUGGCUCAAAUGCGAGUACCAAUCAACAGUGACAUGCUUGCGGAACAUACUGCUAAUCACUCGUAGCUUCAAUUCAAGUUGAAUCGCUUUACAAGCUUUUUCCAGGCUUCAA